AUUGAACAUUGGGACACUUUGGCGGGAUCUUUCGUCUUUGUGUUACAAGUCUUGGUCUUUUGCCAAGUCGGCUACUUUGUUGAAUUAGUGAGGGGGAAAACACUACCCACCUCAUUGCUUUCAACAUACUUCACAUAGGCUACUCUAAAUUCUAUCAAUACCCACAUUAUGUUGGGUCGUCUUCCAGCUAUUGUAAUAGAUAAUGGCACAGGGUAUUCUAAAAUUGGUUAUGCAGGCAAUACGGAACCUCAAUCAAUUAUUCCAUCUUGCAUUGCUGUAAGGGAGUACAGUAAAGUAGGAACGAAGGAAACCAGACGUCUUGGAACUGGUCUAGAUGAUCUUAAUUUUCACAUAGGUGACGAAGCAUUAGCACUAGAUGGAAAAAACGACUUUUCAGUUAAGUUGAGUUCCAGCUGCUACAUUUCGGAAGUAGUUGUGGCCUAAGUGUGAUAUGGAAAAUUUCGUGGGAGUAAAUUAUGAACGCACGAAAUUCCUUUGACGUUGAUAGGGAUAUAGCAGGAAUAUUAUGUAAUUCUAUACAUUUUGAAGACUAUCACCAUGCCUUUCCAUUUUUACGCAUUAUUUAGUGGCCUAUUCGUCAUGGUAUAAUUGAAGAUUGGGAUUUGAUGCAACGUUACAUGGAACAGCUUAUCUUUAAGCUACUUCGGGCAGAACCUGAAGACCAUUACUUCCUCCUGACUGAACCACCAUUGAAUACUCCAGAGAAUCGUGAAUAUACAGCUGAAAUAAUGUUUGAAACAUUUAAUGUUCCCGGGCUUUACAUUGGUGUACAGGCUGUAUUAGCGUUAGCUGCUUCAUGGUAUUCUAAUCGAGCUGGUCGUUUACUUACCGGAACUGUUAUUGAUUCCGGUGAUGGUGUUACGCAUGUCAUACCUGUAGUCGAUGGUUAUGUGAUUGGUUCAUGUAUUAAACAUAUACCGAUAGCUGGACGUGAUAUAACAUCUUUCAUUCAACAUCUGCUUAGAGAAAGGGAAAGUCAUAUCCCACCUGAAUUGAGUAUGGAAGUUGCAAAGCAGAUUAAAGAACGUUAUUCAUACGUUUGUCCUGAUUUACCCAAAGAAUUUAGUAAGUAUGACAGUGAACCAGAUAAAUGGAUUAAACCUCAUGUUGUUUCAAAAUCGGCUAAGUACCCGGCCUUUUCUGUUGACGUUGGCUAUGAACGUUUCCUAGGCCCAGAGAUAUUCUUCCACCCAGAGUUUGUCAAUCCAGACUUUACAACUUCAUUAAGUGAUGUUGUCGACGAAGUAAUUCAGAAGUCACCUAUUGACUCACGUCGUGGACUUUAUGGUAAUAUUGUUUUAUCUGGAGGUAGUUCAAUGUUUAAACACUUGGAUCGUCGUUUACAAAGAGAUAUAAAAAGAAAUGUUGAUAAUCGUUUGAAAAUGACAGAGGAACUUACUGGUGGUCGUGUAAAGCCGAAGUCUGUAGAUGUCAAAGUUGUCUCACAUCCAAUGCAACGUUAUGCUGUGUGGUUCGGUGGAUCGUUACUCGCGAAUGAGAGUGAAUUUUACAACGUCUGUCAUACAAAAGCUCAAUAUGAAGAGUUCGGUCCAGCGAUAUGUCGUCAUAAUCCAGUGUUUGGUACAAUGACAUAAAUGUGAUAUAUAUAUAUAUAUAUAUAUAUACAUGAAUCCUUAUUAAUACUAUUUUUCUGAUUUUACUUUAAAGCUUUUUAUAAUAAUAUAUCGUGGACAUUCUCAGCUACUUAUUUUAAACAACAAGGUAGUCUUAUUUUUAAAAUCAGUUUUAUACCAAACACACUUUGCCAGUACUUUGUGCACAUUGAUUACAACACAUAGCAGUUUGUAAAUGAUUGUUAGAAAUCAGUUUAAAUAAUGCUGUGCUAAUAUAAACCUUUUUUUAAUUUUAUUCAGUACUUUUUCUGUUCAUUAAAUAUUGCAUAUUCUUAAAUAUAUUAAAAC